CCAUCUUGCACUGAGCCUCCAAACUUUAGCUGAACACACUAAAAUAAACGUGUUUACAUUUCCGUGGAUCCAGACUUACGUGGGUUCCUGGCGGUUGCGCUAAAGUGAGUGCAAACGUGGCUGCAUUUCCACCUUCCCGGUUCUGCUUGCGGCGAUUGUUUCGGACCCGAUGAAACAUGGCCUCGAGUUCUGUGGGCAGACGACUGGCAGCGUGUCUCCUCAACGUUUCUGAGGCUCGCAGCAAGGAGCUGGUGGAGACGGUGGCCAAGGCGGCUUUGUACAACACGGAAGGUGUGAGGCGGGAGGGGACCACGGUGCUGAACAUCUUUAAUGAUCACGACUACAACCGCUCUGUCAUCACUAUUGUGGCCAGCAUCGACUCCAUCAGUGAGGCGAUCCUGUCUGCCUGUGAGCAGGCGUGCGGGUUGAUUGACAUGCGAGCUCAUACGGGAGUCCAUCCGUGCAUGGGCGCUGUUGACCUCAUACCCAUCUACCCACUGGGGGAAGAAGUGGGAGCAGAAGACUGUACCAAAGAGGCGCUCGCUGUGGCUCGGGGACUUACAGAGAGGGUCCGGGGCACCAGCGCCUUCCUGUUCGGCUGGGCGGACUCCCCCUUACAGCGUGGGUUGGCGCACAGGAGGAAGGAGAUGGGAUGGUUCAGGAAGAAGCUGGACCUGCAGGCAAUCAGGGCCGACGUGGGGCCUCAGCCACAGACACGAUUCGGCCUCACAGGUGAGCCAAAGGUAGCAGAUAACGAAGGUGUCGGGGCCGGUCCCUACGUCAUGAACUGCAACGUCACCAUUGACACCCAGGACAUCUCUUUGGGUCGCAGCAUUGCCAAAUGCAUCAGGGAGUCAACCCCAGGAGGCCUACCUGGAGUGCAGGUGCUGGCCCUACCACACGAGGGCGCUGUGGAAAUCGCUUGUAAUGUGGAAAGCGUGAAGGGGAACCCACCGGAUCACCUGAUUGUAGGUGAACAGUGGCCAUCUUUCAGCAUCAGCGGCGAGUCGUUCUGUCACGCUCCGGCUUCUCUCAUCACGGCAAGGGUCGCUGAGUUUGCAGGAAGACACGGGGUCAGCACGAAGGGCACCGCCUUGGUGGGGUUCACCCCCCGUGAGUGCAGGGGCCUAGCAGAGUUUGCUCUGUCUCAGGGGAUUGCCGAGUUCUGGAAAGAGCAGCGCAGGAUCCGCAUGUGAAAACAAAAACCAGAGGAGGUUUCACCUCUGUUACCAUGAGAACUGACUGUUAUUGAGCCUUCAGGUUCUUUAUGCUCCACUGCUACACAAAUACAGUUUACAGCAGUGUUUACAGCAGUGUUUACGUGUCAAUAGUUUUUCUAUUUGAAGUGAUGUUUGAGUAAAGUCUUCAGUUUCACACAUGAAAACAAAACUGGAGUAACCUCUCUGUUACUCCAUGUAAAGAAGGGUAGGACAAACAAUUCAUCAUAUUCCUCUUGCUCCUGUGACACAUUAUCAAUACACUGAACCAUAUUAUCAACUGAAUUGGCACAUUAAAAUGGAGUAAUGAUGAAAACAUCCACAAACACCUGCGCUAAAAUGCUGUGAAUAUAUCAUAAUGCCAGUUUUUUUUACUCAUUAAAGUAGUGAACAAAGCAGGAAGUUGAUCAGAAAUCUAAAUAUUCAAAAUAGUCGAUUUAAAAAAACAAGUUUCCUUUGGCUAUUUCUUGUCUUAAAACAUUUAUUUUUAAUAGCUUUUACUGAUGCUUAGUAGUAUGUAACACCCUACUACCAUCAGUAGGCGGUAAUGCACCUGGAUGCUGUUUCCCAGCAACCAUUAAACAACAAAUACAGAUAUUAAACUUCUGACGGCCGACUGAUAGAAUGUGUCUGGCACCUGAGGUGUU